AUGAAGCUAAAAAAGAAGAAGAAGACUGAUCGCAUAUCAGAAAUAAGGGUAGAAGCAGGAGGUAGCAGUUCUGUGCAAGCCCCAGAACUAAUUAAUAUAAAAGUUGAAGAAAUCAAUCCAGAAUUAAUUAAUAUAGAAGUUGAAAAAAUCAAUAAAGAAGACUUGCAAUCAAUACCAUUAUCUGAAAUCGGUCUGUCUUCCAGAUCCACACUUCAAACAUCAUGUCCAACAAAAUACAAAUCCACAGCGGUUAAAGAACAAUACCUGAAACAGCUUGAAGCAUACCUAUAUUACCCAGAGAA